AUGCCGAAACGUAAGGCGAAUUGGUGGCCACCUGGUAUUCUCUCUGAUCCGGAUGUAUUGAGUGUGGACGAUGAGGGACGUUUUGUCCUAUGCAAGAUCUGUCAUGUCCAUUAUGCUGUCCAUGGUGGAAAGAAACCGAAACCUGUGAUCAUGAAUUCUAACUUUCGUACAAGGGCUUGGGACGUGCAUAAGGAACGCACUAAUUCGCACCGUCUGCAGAAGCAGCAGGAACGUCUACAGCAGACCAAGCUGUCGUCGCAACAAGGACAGACACCACAGGGGCAGCAGCAAGUAACAUUGCAACACGUGCAGCAGCAAACACAACAUAGACAACAGCAAGCACAUGGACACAUUCAGAGCAUAACACAGUCUCAGACUCAAGUUCAAACAAAAUCUGUGGGCAGAAUAACAAGUCAGACUCCCUCAACACUAUCACAGGCAUCACCUGCGCCAACUCUUUCUACGAAGGAGAAGGUUCGACAGCCUUCAGCUCAACACAGCGGCAUACAGGUAUUACAGCAGCGGCGGCAGCAGCAAGAUCAGCAGCAACAACAACAACAACAGCAAGUGGUCGAAGAGGCCAAAGAAGCUGGGCACGAGCGGUUGCAAAAAUCUGCUCGCGAUAGUGCUGUUGAGAAGUCAGCUAAUGCGACUCCACAAGCCGUAACAGGAACAGCUACGUCUGGUGCCGCUAGCAUCCACGAUGGCACAAGGAUGGAAAAUAGCAGUAAGCGCCCCGCUUCAACGAUGCCGAUGGGAGCACCGACUUCGAGACGUCGCGUGCUCCGGGCUGGAGGGCCUGGAUCGUCGAGACAGCUCGCAGCAGAUUCGUCCAAUCAUCCGUACGAAAAGCAUUUGUUUACUGUGCCAGGCGUUGCGCACAAUGCACAGAGGACGCUUGCAUUUAACAAGCAUGCAAUGGCGAUGGAGCGGCAGGCAGACAGCUCGGCACGAUGGCGUCACAUGCACGACGAUGUGAGUCGGGCCUUGAGUCCAGUGCCCCGAAGGCGAUUACAGGGACCAGCCUCGUACACGAGCGGCGAAAUACGCGCAGCGAAGACACUGGCACAGACAGAAACAGGUGACCUAGGCGGCAACAACAGCGAGAGAGUAGCAAAAAAGCUUCGGUCUCUCAAUGCCGAGUACCACGCCAGCAACAUGCGCUACGCAGAUGCUUACAACAUGCGCCACACAGACGUGUUAGAUCGACGCAGUGCGAGCUACAAGGAGUAUUGGGGUACGUUACGCGAUGUUUAUACCUCCUCUAACACAACUGGCGGCGGCACGCGAGCUGCGCCAUACCGUAAGUCUCACGGUAGCAACCCGCCAGCAAAAUCUAUCCAUGAAUCCAAGGAGACGGAGGCCGAUUUUACGACCCCCGACGAGUCCGGGUCUAGUGAAGAUGCAUUCAAACCAGCUGUGGUUGUCCACGAUGCCUCACUCAUCAGCGCGAUUGAAAAGCUCGCUGACGUCACAUCCAAGCAGAUUGCCAAUCUGUAUGAGAAGAAAUCAACAGGCAUUAGAGUCUCUAGUAGAGAGGCGCUGGCGGGCUUGACUUCAGUAAUGACGGACUUGCGUGUGCUGCACGGUCAUGCCUUCGAGCGUAUGAUUGAGCUGCAGGAGAAGCAUUUGAAAGUGAUGGAAAAUAUUCUGGAUAUAAAGUUGCGCAAGGAGGCAGCACGAAACGCGAGUAUCAGCAGUGACAAUGACGGAACCACUACCACCAGUGGGAGCAGCUUUGGGAAAAGUUCUGGAAGAACUGGGGCGGUGGCACCUGAAGUGAAUUCCAUUUUAAGACAAACAAAUGAACAAGCAACCAAGCGAAUCCCGUACUACUGUGAGCCAAACAGUGCAUCAAGAGCGAGCGGAUGA